AGAGGCGGGGCCCGGGGCGCCCGUCCUCCAAUCAGUGCCCGGGUGUGGCGCAGUCCCGCCAAUUGUGGCCUUGGAGCUGCAGGGGGCCGAGCCGGCAGCUCUGGCCCGGAGAGCCGGCAGGCCCAAUGGCUGGGGAGGAGCUGAAGGAGAACGUCAGAAAAUGGGUAAGAAGAGUCGAGUAAAAACGCAAAAAUCGGGCACUGGAGCUACCGCUAGCGUGUCACCAAAGGAAACCUUGAACCUGACCAGCGAGCUGUUGCAGAAAUGCAGUAGUCCUGCACCGGGCCCGGGCAAAGAGUGGGAAGAGUACGUGCAGAUCCGGUCCCUAGUCGAGAAAAUACGGAAAAAACAGAAAGGCCUGUCUGUUACUUUUGAUGGAAAAAGAGAAGAUUACUUUCCUGAUCUAAUGAAAUGGGCCUCUGAAAAUGGAGCUUCUGUCGAGGGUUUUGAGAUGGUCGACUUCAAAGAAGAGGGCUUUGGUCUGAGAGCAACGAGAGAUAUCAAGGCAGAAGAGUUAUUUUUAUGGGUUCCACGGAAAUUACUGAUGACUGUUGAAUCUGCUAAAAAUUCAGUUUUGGGGCCCUUGUAUUCUCAAGAUCGAAUUCUUCAGGCCAUGGGAAAUAUCACGCUGGCCUUUCAUCUGCUGUGUGAGCGUGCCGACCCGAACUCUUUCUGGCAGCCCUACAUUCAGACACUCCCCAGCGAGUACGACACUCCCCUCUACUUUGAGGAAGACGAAGUGCGGUACCUGCAGUCCACACAGGCCAUCCACGACGUGUUCAGCCAGUAUAAGAACACCGCCCGGCAGUACGCCUACUUCUACAAAGUCAUCCAGACCCAUCCUCAUGCCAACAAACUGCCCUUGAAGGAUUCUUUCACUUAUGAGGACUACAGGUGGGCAGUCUCUUCCGUUAUGACGCGGCAAAACCAGAUCCCCACGGAGGACGGUUCCCGGGUGACCCUGGCGCUGAUUCCUCUAUGGGACAUGUGCAAUCACACCAACGGCCUGAUCACCACUGGCUAUAACCUGGAGGACGACCGCUGCGAGUGUGUGGCUCUGCGGGACUUCCGGGCCGGAGAGCAGAAAAGCUAAUGAGCCCUCCUGCCGGGUGCAGAAUUGCCACAGGAUCUAGAAAUGAAUUUCUGACAGACAUUGCUCCAGAAGAUACUCUUGUGUUGAAAGGGGAGGAAGAACGUGGUGAAUUUCAAAGUAAUAGUAACAAAUAGUCUUCCUGUCCAUCAGAGGGAGAGCAUCACGAGGGAGGUGGGGGACGUGGGGGACGCCUCCGGGCUCCUUUGUGUAUUAGCAAGGCCCUUGCUGGCCUGGCCGGGAGGUGAGGCCCUUCCUCCCCCUCUGACAGGUGGGAAAUUGGGGAACUGCGCGCCUCGCCCUAACUUCACCCGGCUACAUGCAAUGCACAGAAUAGGUGUAUAAUCACUUCAGAGCUGUUUUGUUCCAUUAGUGUAAAGCCAUAUUAAGUAUAUGAGAACUGAUCCUUUGUCCUGCUCUGUUAAGAAUGGAUGUUAAGUUUCUUUUAUGUCCCUUUAU